GAGAGAAGUGCAUACAAGUUCAGAGUCUGACUACCACACACAAACAAAAGUACCAUCGUCUACCAGUCUACCUUUCUUCCUACCUGACUUGCCCCCUUCAUUCCUCAUUGCUUUACUUCCUCCAUUUCAUCCCUCCUUCCUUCCUUCCUUCCUUGCCCCGUAUUCUUGAACUUGUAAGGAACCCUCUCUCCAUUCCUCCCGUUUCCUUCUUCACGAUUUGGUUCUUUCUCUCCUUUCUUCCCUUCAUCGUCUCCUCAGCCUCCUAGGAAUGGCUCUCUCCACUACUCCCGCCCUGAGCCAAGCGGCGUCUCCUCGCUGCCUCACACUCGCGACUGACCUGAGUUACAACAUCAUGGAGGUAUAUGGUACGCCGGGGAACUACACCUUCAGGGGCCCCCUCAAGGACAUCGUACACAUAAUAAUGAAUCAGCUCGGUUACUGUUACAAGCUCCUGCCGGCUGCGGAUCGUACCUACGGGGAGUUGCAUCCUAAUGGGUCCUGGUCCGGCCUGCUUGGGAUGGUGCAAAGGGGGGAGGCAGCCUUCACGCCCACGGUAGUCAUGGCCACCCCGCCGGGAAUGGCCACCUUCAGCUACAGCGAACCCCUCCUGCUGUCUGAGUACAAUGUGAUGUUUGCCCGCCCAGGCCUGAUGCCUAGUGGGGACGGCUUCAUCUGGCCCUUCACACAGCUGGUACGUGGUGGUGGUGGUGGUGGUGGUGGUGAGCUGUGGGUGCUGUUGCUGGUGAGUUGCGUCAUCGUCUUUGUGGCCACGAUGUUUACUCUGCGAGGCCAAGCCGUGAUGCUGAGGGCUGCGGUGGACAGAGGAGGCGGCUUCGGCGACUCGAGUGACGUCGAGGAGAUGGAGAUGGACGGAGGCACCUGGUGGAGGAGUGCCAAUCGAGCCUUCCUGUGGACCUGGUCGGUACUAAUGAGUCAGAGUGUGCCGUGGACGCCGCGUGGAACCGCCGUGCGGCUGGUGGCGGGGAUGUGGCUGCUGUGGAUAGUGGUAAUGAGCGCGCUGUACCGCAGCAACCUGAAGGCCAUGCUCAUCCUGCCCAAGGUGUUGCUGCCCUUCGACAGCCUGGAGGAGCUGGCCGCGUCGGGCAUCCCGUUGGGCGUGCCUGAAGACUCCAUGGUGGAGGCCCUGCUGAAGGAGUCGGACAGCAGUUCAGUCCUGGGCAGGCUGCGGCAAAAUAUGAGGAUUCUAGGCGUGGAAAACUACGAGAAACACUCCGCUGACCUCUUUGGCGGAAUGCUGGCGGUGGCCUCCUACACCUCCACCCUCAGGAGGGCCAUCCACAGCGAUUUUAGUUUCAAGGGGAGGUGUCGCACCUACCUUAUGUCCCGCGGCUUCUUCGGUCCCGCUAGCCUCAGCAUGGUGUUCCCGCGCGGCUCGCCUCUCAUGGCCAAAGUGAACAAAAUCAUUGAACAACUGCGAGAGGCCGGUAUUCUUGACUACCUGCUGAACGCCGCUUACUUCAACGGCACCGAAUGCCUCAAGCCCAUCACCUCCUUCAGCCUGCCCUCGGAGCGGCCCCUCGAGCUGUUGGACUUCUACGGGAUGUUCGCUCUCUAUCUGGCUGGCAUCGUGUUGGCCCUGCUGGUGUUCCUGUUGGAGAUGAUCUUUGACCCCACCAAGCGCGGCAAGAAGAUGAGCGGUGACGGCAGGGCCCCUUGAAUGACCCCGUGACCUUCUGUUGACGACGAGUAUAAUAAUGCCG